UACGUUAUCGCCCCGCCCAUAACUACUCUCAUUGGCUCGGUCACAUACUUAUAGGAGAUUUAGAUUAAAUUGAUUUAAUAUUGACACUAAUAAACUUUCUACAGUAACAGGACACAAUCAUAAUUCUGCAACUAACAAACAGCAUAGCCAGGGACCAGUGAAAAGAUUUAACUGUCAAAUCUCAUGUGAAAGCACCCGAUGGAUGAACAUGGAGGCAACCCAACAAACGGAGAAAACAAGCAUAAGACUUACAACGUGGACUCAAAGAAUGAGAAUGAAGAGACGACAGAGGAGACUGAGGACAAUCUGGAUAUGCUGGUGCCUCAUGAAGUGCCAACCGGAGUUCUGACUGUACAUAUAAAGGAUUGCAAAGUGUUUCCAAACAUCUUCUACACAAAAGACUUUCAGUUUUUUCUCAGGAUAUCUGUUGGUGGAAAGGAAAAGUGCACCAAGCUUCAAAGCAACAAAGAUGCCAGAGGAGGCAAAGCAGAUUUCUCACUUUGCUUUGAUGAGUGGAAAUACUUCUCCAUCCAGAUACCUGAGCAGAAUUCCAGAGCUGUGAAUCCCAAUCAAAUCAUGGUGGAGCUUCUUUUCUUUGAGCCAGCAGCAAGAGAUCCUAAACCAAUGGGCAGUGCUUUCUUCAAUGUGUUGAAAGUUCUCAAUGAAUCCAUUGUCACUCACCAGUUUAAUGUGAUGCUCAAUAAACAGAUUGUUUGCAAGUUAGAUGUUGAGAUGGCCAUAACAUAUGGGUCAUUUGGCUAUGGACACUCUCAUCAGGUGAAGCAUCCUGAAAGGACUGUGGAGGAACAAGUGGAAAAAUCACUUUUUCCCCGCUGUCCUUCACCAGACAACCUCCAAGAUCCUGACUAUAAUGAAAAAAACACUCAGUCAGACAUUAUUUCUCAUUUGAUUCAAAGAGACAGCCAAGGAGGCAGAGAUUCCAGUGAUCUUAUGAACCAAAUAGAGAAGAGAGGCAGAUUGUGUACAGUGUGCUGUGGGGAAAUGGAAACAGGCCUGUUUGCUCUCCCAUGGGUGCCAGUGAAUAUUGGUGGUUCUGAUCUACUGGCCAAAGCCUGGUUCGGUGACACACAGUACCGGGUUCUGCUGAGUGACCUGAACACUGUGUGGGAAGAAGAAAUGACCACAGAUGACAUCCAGAGUCGAGCACAGGAUCUGAAUAAGCGUCUGAGGGCUCCUACACACGCUUUUUUCUCUCAUCUGUGUUCUGUGGCACGGCCUUGUUUCUCCAGUGAAGAUGAUGAUCAGAUUUCUACUGCACACGUUACUCUUGAACAGCAUGGUGACAAUCUAACAGUCAAACUCAAAAGUGAGCUGGCUGGGUUGCCAUUCUACUGGGAGUUCCGCUGCACCACAACACCUGUCGGCGUGGUGUGCAGGCAUCUGGUGCGCCCCCUGCUGGCAGUGAGUAGAGUCCUACAGCGGCAAGUGGAGGAUCUAGCUGCUCUUUUGGCUCGGAAGGAUGCAGAGAUACAGGACUAUCAGGAGAACGGAGCUGUCCUAAGUAGAGCCAGACUACAGACGGAGCCGUUUGAGGUGCACAGGUACAGGGAGAACUUCUUCACACAGGUUUGAGGCAUAAAAAGAGAAAAUUUGACCGGGUGAGUUGAGAAACCAGUUUGGGUUUGGCACUGACGGCGUGACCCUUCCCACCGCCACACCGAAAGACCAGCAAAAACACCCCAAACCAUCCUGUAUCUGAGACAUAUAUACAAUUAGAUGUCCUUCUUAACAUGCUUUUAGUCUAAGUUAUUACUGUAAAGAAUGGGCAAAUUUAGUUCAAGAGUUUAGAGAUUCUUAUGUUCUGCAUUUAUUUGAUCAAAACUACAGCAAAAAGUAGUAUUUUCUUGUAAAGCAUACUCUAUAAAACAAUCUUUGUUUUAUUUACAAAAUAAUUUUUCAAUGAAUAUAAGUUUUUCCAAUCCGCCAGUACUUAUAAGGGGGUUGAUUUGUAUAUCUUCAUACUCUUUUCUCCUGGAUUUUUCUUCUUGCCACAUGAGCAGCAUCACCCAUCCUGAGUGAAACUGCAGGAUAACAACACAAGAAUGAGGAAUUUAGGCUUUUUGUGACAAAGAUGUGUGCUAUUGCACUAAACAGAAAUAACUUUUUCUUAAUAUCAUAGUAUGUAUGUUUUCUUAGAUCACUUUUGGUCAUCUAGAAGGAAAAAAAAUAAUAAAAAAAAUAAACAUUUCUAUCUUUUUAACCAUUUGCACCACCAUUCAAAGGUUUGGUUUCAGUAAGAUUAAAAAAAAAAAAUUAUUCAGCAAGGA